AUGGACAACGAAAAGUUGAUUUGGGCCGGUUUCGGCCUUCUCACCAUGGUGUCCUUCAUUUGCCUUCAGGGUCCCCUUUUUUCUUCACACGGCCGUCACCCGACGCAGCAGGGACGCGGCGACCGCACAAAUUCGAGGCGGCGCCAUCAGACGUCGUCGUCCGUUGCGCCCUCUGACCGCGUUGGCGCUUCUACAGGCAGCCGCGUGUCAAGAAAGGGGCCCGCGAGCAACGGCCGUUUGGACACAAAAAAAGGCGAUGUUGCUGCUAGACACCAAAGCUCUUCGCCGCCGCCGCGGAAAUUAACUGCAAAUUUUUCUCCUAUAGAAAUGGGCCUGUCGCAUCCGUCUCCGCACAGCAGUAACUUCACUGCGUCCUUGCUCACUGCGAGGCACACGGUGCCCAACGCGCAGGCUACACACACAGGUGCCACACAGGUAGAGAAGGGGAAGGAACAAUCCGUGAUGACGCGUUCAACGCAGACAGACAACGGCAACUGGGAGGAUUUCUGUCGCUUUGAUGCUCUCAGCUCAGCUCCGGCUGGCGCCGAUCCGCUUGGGUGUAUUAGCCCCAUCGUUAGUAAGGGCAAGGACGUUGCCUCGCCGAUUACCCCUGCGGCGUUGUAUUUCAGUCCACCAGAACGGGGGAAUAGCAGGCCUGGCCCUCCGCUUCCACUCUCUUUGGAACUUCGUGUCGAACUGGAGCUAAGGAAACGCAUCGAGGUACUGCAAACGCCUUCGGUCGGAGCCAAAGAGUGGAUUGAGCUGUACAACUUCGUCACACGCCUCCCUCGCGGUGUGCUCCAGUCAAUUUGGACGAAAAAUUCCAUUGGGUUUCCCCUCCCCCCUACGUCUCCGCCGCCAGGUGCCACAGUAGACCCAUCGAAUGACGGAGUGGAUCCUCUUUGGCGGCUUCAGGAUCAUGUCUCGCGCCUUGUGAAGGAUGCCUCCUUUCGACCUCCAAGGAAUGGCCAGUUUUCCCUUUCAGACGACGGGGCAAGUGUUCUUUGGUGUGCAAAGGAAGGGAAGAGGGCGGAAGGACGGGGCAGAUUUGCUCACGUUUAUGUCUCUUCAAGCGAAGACGAGGAGGAUGAGCAAGAUGGCGGCGCCGACGCCGGUGUCGUUGGGCGUGUUGAAAAGGUACUAUUGGAUUGUCGGCACGCGAGCAUGCACUCCGCCUCAAUGCAGUUUCCUGAGGAAUCUACGCUGGCCGCCCCUGAGCCGGUGGACCAACUCCAGGCGGCAAUGAGCAAUCCGUUUGAGGAGCAGGAUGUGGCGACGUUGCUCCGCAGUUUGGUGAACCUACGCAGCCAUGCCUCGUUUGACGCGCUGCGAUGCAGUGGCAUCGAUAUCUCCUUUUCCGUUGGUGUAGCUGAUGCCAUGAAUGAGGCGCAAAGGUUGCUGGAUAGAGCCUCCAUAAGGAUGGCCUCCGUCGGACAGGACAUCUCGCAAACACUGCAGACCCCGCCGGGGUCCCGGCUGAUGUCGCCAGCCCACCGGGGUCUGGGACAGGAAGCAAAGCCGGUCCAGGGGGAGGACCCCCUGACGCCGUCAGCCGCAUGGCGUCCGGGACUUGGUACGCAGAUGGGGCCGCGGUCUGUCCUCUCGCCACGGCACAGCAAAAAGUUAUAUACUGAGCGCUCUGCACCCCGUGGUGGCGCCACCACGCAUGACUUUGAUUGUUUUCCGUACGAACAGCACGACGCCCCUUGUUUCCGCCAAAUUGCGCAUGAAAACGCUGCCGCAGCAACGCCUCACAACGAAGAGCCGCACUCCUUUGUAAGGUUUUUGACCGCCUCAACAAUUCCGUCUGCCGCUUUGGACGAAAAUGAGCGGCAACGCGCGCUGUUUGGGAGGUCUAGGACGCAGACGGUUAUAGAGCAGGUCUCGAAUCUCUCCUCUGAGAACAACACUAGCGCCGGGGGGCGACUGAGAAACAACGUCUUCAACCGCCUCUACACACCUCCCAAAAAAGACCCCAAAGCGUCCUCACAACCCAUUCCACCACUUUCAGGAGGGAAGAAGGCCCCUUUUAACGUUUACGUGUGA